CGCAAAGUCCUCCUGGAAACCUCUGGGGUUUGCCCAAGUCCGCCCAUUGCCCGGGAGGCGGGCCAGGCCCCUUUCGCUGGACGUCCAGCAGCUUGAAAUAGGGGGAGGGGCUAGCUCGGGCCGAAGAGAUCGCUCGCCGGAGCCAGCCGAGAGAGGCGGAUUGAUCCAGCCUGAAGGGCUUGCGGAAAGGUGCCUUCCCUACCCGCCUGUUGCACCGGAGGAGCCCCGAGACUUCCCGCUCAGCGGGAAUCCUCAGAGCAGCCGUCGGAAGAGGAGCACCAAACUUUGCAAACAUUUUGUGCUGCAAGGAAACUAGAGUGAUGUCGGCGGAGGAUGAUACCGGUGGAGAGGCUCCCAGUGGCAGUUUCUGGGAGCCUGGCAAUUACAAGAGGACAGUGAAGAGGGUGGAUGAUGGAAACCGGUUGUGCAAUGACCUUGUCUCCUGCUUCCAAGAGAGAGCCAAAAUUGAGAAGAGCUACGCUCAACAGCUAACAGAUUGGGCCCGCAAAUGGAGGACGUCUGUAGAAAAAGGACCUCAAUAUGGCACUUUGGAAAAAGCCUGGCAUGCAUUUCUGACUGCUGCAGACAAACUUAGCGAGAUCCAUCUAGAAGUACGGAAUCGUCUAGCUGGUGAAGACUCAGAGAAGAUCAAGGCUUGGCAGAAGGAAGUCUAUCAUAAGCAGUUGAUUGGUGGCUUUAGAGAGACAAAGGAAGUUGAGGAUGGAUUUCGCAAGGCCCAGAAGCCCUGGGUGAAAAAGUUGAAAGAGGUGGAAAUUUCAAAAAAGAAUUACCAUAUUGCUCGAAAAGAGGAGAAAACUGCGCAGACACGAGAGAAUCAUGCCAAAGCAGAUACUUCCUCAUCCCAAGAGCAGCUGCGCAAACUGCAAGACCGAGUGGAGAAAUGUUCACAAGAAGUAGAGAAGAGCAAAGAUCAUUAUGAGAAGAUGCUGGAGGAGCUGAACCGCUACAAUCCUCGCUACAUGGAAGACAUGGAGCAGGUGUUUGAGGGCUGCCAGGAAGCAGAGUGCAAACGCCUGUGUUUUUUCAAAGAGAUGUUCUUGGAUAUGCACAACCAUCUGAACUUGUCUGUCAAUGACAGGUUCCAUGUACUUUAUCGAGAUUUGCAUCAGGGAAUAAUGGCAGCAGAUGACCAAGAGGAUCUGAAGUGGUGGCGCAGUACCCAUGGACCAGGCAUGCCUAUGCACUGGCCUCAGUUUGAGGAAUGGUCUUUGGAAUCACAGCGGGCAAUCGUCAAAAAGGAGAAAAGUGGCAAAAGUGGUGAAGAUGUCACUCUGACCAGCAUUGUGCCUGCAGGAGAUGGUGUGAAAGAGACCCCUCCAUCAACCAAAAAGAGGUUUUCACAUCGAGAGGAACAAAACAGCCACUUCUAUGACAACCUGAGAGCUUCAGCCUGUAUGAAUGGAGGGAAAGAAGAAAUCUCAGAGUGGUCAGAUGAGGACACUCCCAAGAAGUGCCUGGAAGUCAAUGGGCAUGAGGAAGAUAUAAAGGUACCAGGUGUGCGAGUGCGAGCACUGUAUGAUUACGCAGGACAAGAGGCUGAUGAACUGAGCUUUAAAGCAGGAGAAGAGCUUAUGAAAAUCAGUGAAGAGGAUGAACAGGGAUGGUGCAAAGGCCGGCUUCAGACUGGUCAGGUUGGACUGUAUCCUGCUAACUAUGUAGAAAAGGUCAUUUUGUGAUUGCUUCUCCCUUCCCAUCACUGCAACCACCUGACAAAGUGUAUUGUGUGAUGAGUUUUUGCUGAGGUCCCAAAUCAUGGGCUUCCAACUUGCAUACAAAAGAAACAAAUGAAAUAAUCUGGACCUUUCCGGGGAUAUUCUUUUCUUGUAACCAGUGCUUCAUUUUAAAACAUCUAGAAAUAUGCUGAUUUUUUUUUUCUAAUAAAGAAAUGUAACAUUU